UACACUGUCCACACUAAGAGAGUGCCUUUCGAUAGCGAUAAUGAAGUCUCCCCUUACUCCCUUUCUCCACUUAGUAACAAGAGUCACAAGCUGCUCCGCUCCCCGCGUAAACCAGCCCGUAAGAUCUCCAAGAUCCCCUUCAAAGUGCUGGAUGCUCCGGAGCUGCAGGACGACUUCUACCUCAACCUGGUAGACUGGUCAGCAGGCAACUUGCUCAGUGUCGGCCUGGGAGCCUGCGUCUACCUGUGGAGUGCCUGCACCAGUCAGGUGACAAGAUUAUGUGACCUUUCAGUGGAUGGAGACUCCGUUACGUCAGUUUGUUGGAAUGAGAGGGGGAGUCUUGUUGCCGUCGGUACCCACAAGGGUUACGUUCAGAUCUGGGAUGCAGCAGGAGGGAGGAAGCUAACCAGCCUGGAGGGUCACUCAGCACGUGUAGGUGCUCUGGCGUGGAACGGAGAGCAGCUGUCGUCGGGGAGUCGGGACCGAGUGAUCCUACAGCGGGACGUCAGAACUCCCCCCUCGGCCGAGAGGAGGCUUCAAGGUCACAGACAAGAAGUGUGUGGUCUCAAAUGGUCUCCCGACCACCAGCACCUCGCAUCCGGUGGCAAUGACAACAAGUUGCUGGUGUGGAACAGUUCCAGCCUCCUCCCCGUGCAGCAGUACAGUGACCACCUGGCAGCAGUUAAGGCCAUCGCCUGGUCCCCCCACCAACAUGGGCUGCUGGCGUCAGGGGGUGGCACCGCCGACCGCUGCCUGCGCUUCUGGAACACUUUGACGGGUCAGGCACUGCAGAGCACAGAUACAGGCUCCCAGGUCUGCAAUCUGGCAUGGUCCAAGCACGCCAACGAACUGGUGAGCACUCAUGGCUACUCUCAGAACCAGAUCCUGGUGUGGAAGUAUCCGUCGCUAACACAGGUGGCCAAGUUGACAGGACACUCCUACAGAGUGCUGUACCUG